AUGGCCCUGGAUGGACAGGCCGACGCCGUCGUAGGUACGUCGGACGACGACGAAGCGGUCGGGUGGGCAAGCGAUGCUGAAUGGGGCGAGUUGGUGCCGACGACACGAAGUCGGAAGAAAUGGAAUCUAUUUCAUGCGGCGCCACGGCGUGUCAUGUUCCAGUCCAUCCCCUCUCGCUCGGCCACAGCGUCGCCGCUUCUGCCGCUUCGUACCGCGUCAGUGCCUACUUCUGCGCCCGAUCCUGCGACAACGUCUGUACUACCGCCGCCUGCCGUGACUACAUCGAUACCCUCUCCUCCACGCCGUCACUUGCGCGCGCGCAAGCCUGCCCAGAUCCACCCCUAUACCAUUGAGGCCUUGCAGUACCGUCGCGAGCUGUAUGCGAACGACUGGGAAGAUGCUGUGGUGUCCCAACGCGAAUGGCGUCGACGUCCGAUACACGAGGACGUGCCUUCCUCGUCCCUGCCUGACACUAGUUCGCGCCCUCGCUCGCGACCUCGCUCGCGUUCGCGUUCGCGUUCGCGUUCACGUUCACGCUCCCCUUCGCUGACCAUUGAUCAUGCGACUUCGUCCGCGUCCGAGGCCGACUCGUCCGAUGACAGCACGGACUAUGAACGUCGAUUCCGCGUCCUCAAGCACAUGAUGCCGGCGCACAUGGCGCGCGCGUGCAUUGACGACCUACGUGCUAUGCGGCAUGGCCAUGCGUACGACGAAUCCGCGUCCAGCAGCGAUGCAGACGACAUGCCUUGCCCAGCGGUGCCAGCGCCCAGCGGUGCGUUACAACCUGGCGAAUCACGUCGUCGGAUUCGUGCGCGAUCUACCUCGGCGUCCAUGCCGCUUUGGAGCGAUGCGUCGUCGGACGAAAGCAGCGAACCGACUCCUACACGCUCGCCCUCGCCACAGUGGCAGGAUGGCGAUGUACGUACGUGGAUGCGACAGCGAUCCCCGUCGCCUGUGCAAGAAGCCGAUGCGAUCGAUCGAAUGCUCGCACGAACGCAUGCGGAACGCCCACCGACAUGGCGACGACAACGGCACCGACGACAGGGCCAGCAUGGCUUUGGCGAGGCAGCGGCGGUGUCUCGUACCGCGAAACGAUCACGUCGGACACAUGCUAUGCCAUCUACUCGGCGCGCAUCUCGUGUUGCUGUCCCUGCGUGGAUUCAAGGGCUGGAUGAUACGGCGCCCUCCGCCUCGGCCUCGACGACGACAAGCAAGGCUCGAGCCACGUCUCGUUCUUCCGUGACGGUUGUGCCCGGCGUCGCAAGUGGCCAUGUCGUGGGCGUGCCUACGCAGCGUGGCGACUUGUCGUCACAUACACGUUUGCCAUACAUUCCUGCAUCGCAUGGAUGGAUCAACGUCGCACGAGAUGUACGAGUAGCGAGGCCUCCUACGGACAUGCCGCCCCACGGAUGGCCGACCAAGCCGCAACCUGUCCGUCGUUCGUCGCCAGCGCGGCCCAUGGCGCCAUUGACGGUGCCUUCGCCAGACAAUGCGUCCGCCUUACCGACAGCUUGGCAGGCGACGCCGUCCGCCUGGCAUGCAGACUUGCAGCAGUUCCUUUGGUGGGAUACCGUGCGUCAGAUCCCGUGUGAUUUUGGAGUUCGGCCUCCGCCUGUAGGCCUUGCCUUUGCGUCCAGCACCGACUUGGGGCGUGGUCGGCUGCAUGCCCUGCUGCAAUGCGCCACGGCCACGACGACGUACGACGUGCCACAGUGCCAUGCCCAUGGCCUGGCCUGGCACGCGUCUAUGAGCCAGGACGAUGUGGCGCACGCGUUGCUCACUGUGACGGAUCGAUUGGACGACAGCGUGGCCACAGCCGAUCUCCUCCAUUUCCUCGGCGUAUGGUUCACAUGGCAAGCGACACAUACCCCUACGGCCGACGCUGUGCAUGUGGAAGGCGCAUGGGAGGCGGAAGCGGCCUGUGCGAUGCUUUGCACAUGGCUCCAAGACGCGCUGGAUCGAUGUACAUCGAGCUCGCCGCGCCUUUCCCUACAGCUUUUGUGGUGCCGCGUGCAAGUGUUGUUCCGCAUGCACUGCGUCAUGCCAGAUCGCGCUGUGAGUGUGUUGGAAGCAGCGCAUCCCCUCGUCGUACGUCUUUUGCUGCAUGGGCUUGCGACCGUAUGGGAGACCAUGCCGUCUGAAGGGACAUGGGACAAUGCCUACGCUGUGCUAUGGAUCAGUCUUGUGCAUGUCCUCAACGCGAUUGAUGCGUUGGCGUUCUGGGACGUAUGGGAGGCAGCCUGCGACGAAUGGCAUCGCACAGCGCCGACGGCCACGCCGCUUCUUGUGACGUGUGAGCGGACGUGGUUUGCGUUGCUGAGCGUGUGUGCUCUUUCGCAUUUCCAUGCGGCGACGGGCCUCGCCGGCCGCACGCCGCAUCUCGCGGCGCACUGGCCGCUCGUGCAGCGUCUCAUGGCACGUGUCCAGCUUCGGUACGACGAACACGUAGAGCACGCUGUACCCCGUGCGCUGGUCGCACGUCGCGAUGCGUACAUAUAUACCCUGCUACGUCGGUGCUGGCUCCUUCACGAGCGUUGGCAGUGGUCGUUUCAACACGCUGAGCCGCUUUUGCGCCACGUCUUCGAUAUCUUUGAUGCACACCGCUUGGCAGAUCUGCCUUCUGAAACGGACCACGACUUUGCGCCGUUCUUGCGGCGCUUCGAUACCUCGGCCCUGUACGAUGCACCAUGUACGUCUGCCUACCAGCUGUUUUUGCAGCUGCUCGCCCACACCAGUCGUACAUGGCAAGCACAACCGGACGCGUCACGACGUCUAGCCCGUCUCUUUUCGCGCAUGACACCUGUCCGUGUGAUGCCCUUUACGAAGGCGCAGCCACCGCUGUCGACAGAGCGUGCGAUGCUGUUCAAUCACUAUUCGCUGGUCAUGCUCUUCCUUCUUUUUGAGCCUACGUCUGCCAAGCAGCGCCUUCGGCAGAUUCGCAGCUUUCUCCCGUUUGCUAGUGCAGAUCGCGCGAGUCAGAUUGCUUGCAUUCGCGCGGUGGUGUAUGCUGGCACGCUUUUUCGUCAGCAUGCACAGGACUUGGCGCCCAUCGUGGCAUGGCUUGUGGAUGUACUGCAGGCCCUGCACGCAGAAGGACUAGAGCACGCCUCGCUGGCAACGACGGGGAUGGAAGCGCGACGGACCCAGCAAAUGCGCAAGGAGGCUACACGCAUGAUGGCCGUCGUUCUGCGCUCCAUUCAGCACUUGAUUCGACAUGCGUCCCUGCAGCCAGAUGCCCCUGUGCCCUAUCCACCCAUCUCGCUGCUGCAUACCGCAUGGACACGCGAUGUCUUUGCUUCCGAUCUCUCGCCGGACGUGCAAAUGGAAGCGCUGCGUAUUGUCCAAGUGUUUUUAGAGGCACGGCAGCAGUCACUCUCGAGGCCCACGCAAGCAAGUCAAGGCACAGCAGACUCCAUGGACGACGACAACGACGACGACGACGAUGCAUGGAUGCGCGAUCCCGCCUUGGCAUCACUGCUAGGCGAAGACUGGCAGCCGCCGCCGGACGAAGCGCUGGCGGCGCAUGUGGAUGCCAAUAUAUCGCCUAUGCUCUUCCGACUGUUGACGCAGUGGACGUCCACACGUUCCUCUACGGCGUCGGAUACUGCCUUAGAGGCUUUGGUGGCGCAGGCAGAAGCACAAGAUCGGUUAGGGCUGCUGGUCGAUGUAUGGGCCGCGUGUGGUGCUGUGCUUGUUUCACAGAGUCGGCGCGCAUGGUCAGCGUACUUAACGCUAGGUCGCGAGUCGUGGAAACGGCUGUCAGAUCCCAUUCGAAAACGUGAUGUGGCAGUUCGUUUGGCUGUACGAAUUGCCGAGUACGAUCAUGCAGCCGUACGGAACGAGCCCAUGGAGCUGAUGUUGGUGUGGUUCCAUACGAUCCUUGCGUACCAUACUACGAUGCAGACGACACUGACAUCGCUUCUGCAGGCAGCACAAGUGCCAUGGUUUGCUACACUUGACGUCCCAUCGUCCCACGACGCGUUUGUCACACAGCGACGCACAUUGGUAGCGGACGUCUUGGACGCGAUGUGGCCUACCGAAGCUGUGCAGGUACAUAUGGCCAUCCAAUGCGUCUCGGCCUUGCUGUCGGCCAUGCGAGCGUACGUCGAAGUGGUAUCGGACCCCACCUACUGGGCAUGGUGUGAAGAAAUCCUUGCCAUGAUCCCUACCAUGGACGAGCGAAUCCUACGGGGCGUACGGACCGAGCUACACUCUACAUCUACACUGCUCGCCCAACGGCGCACCACGGCCCUCACGACGACGACGACGUAA